UAUAUCUGUUCCAAAUGAAACGAUCGCAUGAUGUACACAUUGAUGAACAGGUAGAUUUUGAUAGUUUGUUACAGAACCCUCAAUUGUUGGAAGGUCUAAAGAAGUCAGGGUACGAGAAACCUUCACCCAUUCAACUGAAAGCGAUUCCUUUGGGACGGUUAGGUAUGGACCUCAUUGCGCAAGCCAAGUCAGGUACGGGCAAGACAGUCGUGUUUGGAGUGAUUACGUUAGAAACUGUACAGAUCAAAAUAAAGUCACCUCAAGCGAUGCUUAUUGCACCCACACGUGAGAUUGCGAUCCAGAUUCGAGACGUCAUACGUAACUUGGGACAGACCAUGGAGGGUCUUGUCUGUGAAGCAUUUAUUGGUGGGUUGUCAAUGGCAGCGGAUUGUCAACGCCUGGCAAAGUGUCAUGUGAUGGUUGGUACACCCGGAAGACUGAUGGCUCUCUUGGAUGAGAAACGUAUCCCCAUGGGGCAUCUAAAACUGGUGGUAUUGGAUGAAGCGGAUAAACUCAUGUCAACAACAUUUCAACCUCAGAUUGCCUAUAUUUUUAAAAAGCUAAAGCAACACAAGGUCCUUCAUCAAUCGAUUACGUUCUCGGCCACUUUUACCGAUGAUCUUUUACUGUCCUUAUCCCGAUUUCUGAAAUCACCGCAGACAAUACGAUUGACGGAAGGAGUUCCGACACUUCAUGAGGUGCAACAGUAUUAUGUGACCAUGGAAAGUUCAUCGGGUGACAAAUUGGACAUGUACAAGACAAAGUUUGAGGGAGUAGAAAAGCUCUUGAGUCAAGUGCCAUUUUAUCAAUGCAUGAUCUUUGUCAAUAGUUUGCCUAGGUCAAUUGAAUUGAGUCAAUGGUUGAACGAAAUGGGUUGGAAGUCGGGACAGAUUCAUUCGAAUUUAAACCAAGAGAAACGAAUGGCAGUGAUGGAGCAAAUGCGAGCAUUUAAGUUGCGUGUGCUUGUCUGCAGUGAUUUAAUUGCACGUGGUAUUGACAUUGAUCGUGUGAAUUUGGUAAUUAAUUUGGAUAUGCCUUGGGAAGUGGAGACAUACUUGCAUCGUGUAGGACGUACAGGCAGAUAUGGCACGUCGGGGAUUGCGAUUAAUUUGAUUGGUCCUGAUGAUCAACCUUUUUUAAAGACACUAUCCGAACAAGGCAUCCGCAUCGAUCCACUUCCCCAGAAAGUUGCGUACAAUGAAUUCCUAAAGGAAUUAUCGGAAACAGAUCAAGCGUCCUUUCAGAGACAUCAGUCGAACAAGAUUGAGUCUAAGCCAAUGGUGAUGAAAAAGAAGGAGCAUCAUGCGAAGAAGCAAAAGACAGCUACAGACGCUGCUACACCAGCUGCUACAACCGUUGCACAAGCGACACAGGCUAGACAAAAAUCAGUGGUAUCGCCGCACUAUUAUUUUCAUCCACCGGAUUUGUUUUUUUGAGAGGUAAGGGUCCAAAUAAU